AUGGGUAAAUACAGCUCCGAUUCUGACGACGAUAGACGAAAGAAAUACAAGUCUUCUAAGAAGCGUGACAGACGGAGCAGAAGCCGGGAACGACGUAAAAGGUCACGUUCCCGGGAACGGAAACGAAGUCGAUCAAGGAGUAGCAGUUAUGACGACUACAGAAGGAGCAGGUUUGGAAUUCUGGAACCAACACAUUUUUCUGUUGCGUUUUUUUGUUUCGCUGGUAAAUAAGAGACUAAUUUAUGAUCGUCUGCUUUUCCUUCUUGAUCAAAAAAAUCAGAUCAAGUCGAAAAGGUGAGUAGUUGCCGUAUAAACCUUUUUACGUCCGACAACUAAUUAUGAAGCGCUGAUCUGAAAUUGUAGAACAGGGUUGUCAAAAAGAUUUCAAGUAGCAGGAGAAUCAGAGAAAGAAGCUGGCACGCUGACUCGUCUCCAGUUGUCUCUCAUUCUUAGUAUUUGGCUUGGAAAACUAAGCGCUUCUCUAGUGAAUAAUAGGCUGAUUUAGCAACAAACGGGAACGUCAAAUGACGAUGGGAAAGCGCGCGGAAAGGACUGAACGGAACUUCCGAUACCCAAUUUGCAGCUCUGCCAUUGGUCAACCCAGUUGUUUGAUUUGCCUGUGCCGUCGUCAAUUGACGUUCCCAUUCUGUUGCUAAAUCAGCUUAGUUAAUGAGUAGAGACAACUUGGAGAAGACUGGGGACAAGUCAGGCCUGCACGGGAGUUCAGGGUGGAAAAACGUAAUGAGCAUGCGUGAACUUUUUUGCCCAGAUCCCCUGGCCGGGUUUGAAAAAAUGGCGGGAUUUCAAAUAUUUUAUUGCCUAAAAAUAAAAUGUUUCCACUCAUAACCUGGAAAGAACAGGCAAUUUGUCUUCAAAAGUUGCAAGCUGUGGUUAUAACCUUGUCGUUACUUAAUUUUCUCGAAGAAUACCUCAUAGUAAAACGGACUUUAACGACAUUAAUUUCCUUGCGUUGUACUGGAAAUGUGCAUGUGUGGUCCGAUUUUUUUCAAGAUGCAUUCACGAAAUGUGUUCAUAUAAGGAAGUUCCUGGAUAUAUAAGGUCCGGAGCUCCACUGUAUACACAAAAACAACAUAUCUUUGGACAGUGAUUUGCCCAAAAAAAUUAACGCUUGCCCACAAUGUGUUUGAAGUCACUGAACUUUGUCUCACUUGAGCUGACAUUUUAAACCCUCGCUCGAUCGGACACUCGUAGUUUCGCAGAUCACUAAAAUAUAAACAAAAUCCCCAAUGUAGAAGUUAUUGCGUUGAUAUGUGGGCAGAAAAAAGGUCAAUCUUUAUCCAGUAAAAUCCUCCCAAAAAUCGGUUUCAAAGCAAAUAUAGUUUUUUAAACUUGCUCGUUUCGCGCAGAUAUAUAAAUUUUGCUUUGUGUUGUCAAGUUGAAAACGCAUAACAUCUGUCAAAAACCAAAGCGUAAGUAGGAUUUCCUUCAAACAAAGUUAAAGUUACAUUAUUUCAAAAACUUCUUGCUGACAAUGAAGAAAUGAAUUUUCUGUGCGAAAACAACCUACCUAAAGAUCUUAAAAGCAAAACAUCAGUUGCAACUUGGCAGCCAAGCCAUGAUUCACCAUUUAGCUAUUUUCAAUAAGGUUAACCGGUCCAUGCGAGGGUCUUCGUUUAAGCAAAUUAAACUCAGCCGAUCAUUAGAAAAUACAGAAAAUUGCACAUAAGGGUUUGUUUUGCUCACCCCAGUCAAAUCAAGCUGCAGCAAUUGUUUACGAGAAAAGAGUCAAUUGUUUUGAAGUCACUGCCGGGAGUUAUCGUUCUGUACUUCACAGCGAGUGAAAAGGACAAUUUGCGUACAGAAAGUUAUUCUUCAGAAAGAACAGAAACUUUCACAGUUCACUGGAAAACAAAACUAUGUAAUGAAAAAUGAAAAGACUCUGACUACUAUUACUUGAGAAACAGAAAAGUGAUCUUGAGUAAGCUUGCUGGCCUUCUAUCUCCGAGAAAGUUUAAGCACAAGUUUGUUCACUCUGAUGCGUUAUAACAGCAAUAUUGUUCUUUGACUGAAGACAAAGAUAAAGCUGGUUCUGCAAAGGUAAUAAAUCUGCAUGAUGGGCAUGUAAAAAAGUAACCGUAACCACCAACAACAGAAUACAAGCGGGUUUUAAUUCAACCCCGCGAAAUCAACUCAUAAAUAAUAAUCGGACGCACAAUCAGAAAAAUACUCGCCUCUUAAGAAAUGUUCAAAAACCUUUUAUUCCACCUCAGACUGACGGAAUGAUCCGUUUUUCCUUUAACAUUGGUUGUUCUGAAUCCAAAGUAAUUUUCAAGCGACGAAAAAAAAGCAAACAUGUCAAAUAAAAAUGCUUUACAGGGAGCAAACGUUCUCACCUCGUGCAUUUCACUCAGAACUCCAGCAACAAACAAACACAGUCAACACAGAGAAAAGCCCGCCUUGAGCCUGCGAUAAGGGAUGCGCAGAAGCUUGCGCAGAACGUUUUUCCGCCCUGAAGCACGGGAGCCGGAGGCCCCCCACCAGGCAAGGGGUCUGGGGACCGCACACCACUUGGGAUAAUAUCCCUAGUGAUAUGUGUUUCCCUUUUAGGGGAACACAUAUCACUAAGGAUACUUUAAAAAAAAAAUGUAAAUGGGGGCUGUUCUCAGGUCACACUGGCAGCUGUUAUCAGUCUAUUUUAUGAGUUUACAGUAACCCACCCACUCAGAAUGACGUGGGAGCAACUUCAGAAUACCCGGCCACAAAUUUUCCUAUUAAAUGUACUGCUACUGCGGUCCACAGCCCACAGUCAGUGGAAAAGAAUUUUGUGUGUAAAUGUAUUGCUACUGUGGUCCAUAGUCUUGUAGUCAGAGUCGGUGAAUUUGAAAGUGAUUGAGUGUGUAAAUGUUGUGCUACCACAGUCCAUAGUCCUGUAGUUGGUGAAUUUGAAAUUAACUAAGUGUGUAAAUGUACUGCUACCGUGGUCUGUAGUCCUGUAGUCAGUGGAUUUGAAAUUAACUAAGACUGUAAAAUAAUGUUCCGCUACCUCGGUCUGUAGUCCUAAAGUCGCUGAAUAUUCAGUUUAGUAGAGUGGCUACUAUAUUUUAAAACUGGCUUAGUUGGGAUUUGUGGAUUAAAUAAUGAGGUAUAUUACAUGUAUAGUGUGCUUGUUACUGUUCAUGUGGAUUACAGAACCAAGUUUGUUACAUGUAUAGCACUGCAGACCACAGUGGCAGGAGCUGUUGAGGAAUAUUUUAGUAGCCGGGUAUUCUUAGUUUAGCCAUGACUUUGUGCAAUAAGGUAGACCAUACCAUGGGUAAAACUAAAUCCCUACUAUUUUUGAACAGUAAUGUGGGUUCUUUACAUCCCCUUCGAUUUCACUAAUGAAAGAAAGAUGAAGAAGGCAAGGCUUUUAAACCUUCAACCUAGUGAUCCGAUUAUCUUAAUUGAGAUGAGGUCCUAACUUACAGCCAGUGUGAUCUUACCAAGACCCUGCAGGUUGGUGGUUUGGCCGGGGUUUGCACCUGUGUCCUCCUGCGCUGCAAACCAGAACGUUUCGCUACUGAGCUAACCGAGCAGCAGUUAUUGCAGAUUAGUAAUCAAGUUUUGUCAACUGCUCUCAGUCAACCACAAAAUUUUUGUAUUCUUUUCAGAUCGCAGGUACAGCCGAUCAAGCAGUAGCAGAAGCAGUAGUUAUUCAAGUGAUGAAGAAAGACGAAGAAGUAGAAAAGAUAAAAAGUGAGGGGUGCCCCAUGCUAUUCUGUUGCAGUUCAAUUUCAUUUUUGGAUCUAGUGUUCUUUUUGUUUGUUUUUAUGUUUGGUGAUUGAUGAUAUCAAAGAAAACGAGGAAACCAAUUUAUUCAGCCAAGAGGGAUAAAAUUUAACCAACACAUUUACGUUAUUUCAAUGAUUAAAUUGGAUGGUUUAGCAUGUAGUAUCAAGGGACAUUUUAACAAGUCACUGUGUACUUUGGUGAGCUGACAGGGCAAGUCAAAUGAUGCAGAAUACUACACACCAAGUAGAGAUGUUUCAUCAAACCAGGUUUUAAAAAACAAAAAACAGACAUGGAAAACUGGAACACAGGUUUUCACACAGGAUUCAAAUGAAAUUCAACAUGUUUUGCAAUUUGCAAAGCCUUAUGUCUAUGUGAUCAGCAUGUGCACGGUGGCUGAAUAUAAAAAAUACGCAAGCUGAAUGAGCAAAGCAGUGUAGUGAUUAGUCAUGCACAUGAAACCAGGUCAGCCUUUUAACUCCCAGAAGUGACCAAAGUCAAAGGUAUUUAACAAAAGUUCAAAAUUUCAUUUUGGUGAAAUGAAAUUUUACCAAAGGAAUGGUAACACCACAUGAUUUCAUCAACACACAAAAAUUAGAAGCACCUUGUACAACACUCCAUAUCAUUCACUCUGAGUAUAAAAGAAUUCAAAGACAAUGACAGGAAAUUGUUUCCAUGUAAAUUCUGCACCUAUUUCUUCAUUGACCGUAACAAUUCCAGCUAUCACAUAGGCACGUGGCUAAACUUGAGAAAUUUCUGUAUAAGAGAGAUGUCCAUCUUAUAGAGAGUCAACUAAAAGGAGUAAAGAAUGGCAGGGAGCAACUCUAGGUGAACUUCUUAUAGACUGAGAUGUCUGUCUUGUAGUCAGAGUCAACUAUAAAGAGUAAAGAAAGGCAGAGACCAACCCUUGGUGUCCAUCUAAAAGAGAUAUGCCAAUCUUAUAGAGUGUCAACGAAAAGGAGUAAAUAAAGACAGUGACCAACUCCAGGUGUCCAUUUAAGAGAGAUGUCCAUCUUAUAGAAAGUCUGCUAAAGGGAGUAAAGAAAGGCAGAUAGAUGUCUGACUUAUAGUCAGCAUCAACUAAAUGAGUAAAGAAAGCCAGGGACCAUCUCUAGGAGUCCAUCUUAUAGAAGUGUCUGUGAAAAGAGAGUUGAAUGUUUUUCCCUGGUUGCAUGAUAUCAGAAGUAUGUCUUACUCUCAUUCAUUUUAGCAGCAUUCUUUGUUGGAAAAAGUAAAGGGCAUAUGAUAAAAUGCUAUUACAAUGACAAAAUAAUGAUGAUAAUCCAAGUGCUGGAAAGUGCUAAUAACAUGAUAUUCAGUUCAACAUUAUCAUCAUUAUUUUUACAGGAGUUCAACCUCAAGUUCCCAGGUAAGCUUUAAAGGAGCCAGUCCAGCAUUAAUUGUCUAACAUUUGAGAAUCAUAUACAGCAUGACAUAUUAUUAAAAGGCAAAUGCGAGAUUCAUAUUGGCAAUAAUUACUAUCAUGAAUAAAACUUUUGAACAAGUGAGUAAUGCAAAGCAUCAUUUUUUUAUUGAUGAAAUACUAUUUGGCCGGCUUGAUCAACUGGAUUGAAUCAAACUCUGUUACCCUAUCCCAAGCCCUUUGCCAUUUUGUAAGUUUCAGGAGUUGAUCAGAUCCCGCCUGAUCCAGGUUUUGUUUACGCCUUCUGCAUUUCUUUACUUCUUCUCCUUUAUCCUAGUAGUACUUUUAGUGAAUUUUUUUAUCAUUACAUUAAUUUUGUAAAUUUGCUUCAAUUUUUGUGUUUGGAAUUUAGGCUUCAAGAGAACAAACCAAAAAGAAAAUGAAGAAAGCUCUUGCCAAAGCAGGUAUUCCUCAGUUUUCUUGCAUUGUUUGAUCUUUCUUUGAGAUACAGUUAAUAUUGAAAUAUCUGUCACAGAAAUUGCACUAAGAACUUGUUCACUGAAACACAAUAAUAUUUUUUUCUUUUUUUUUUCAGAAUCUAAAGAUGAAGUCUUGAAAAGAGAUAAAGCGACCAAAGAAUUGAGUAUGUUUCCUUUCUUACCAUGUUUUUUUCCUUAGAGUGUUUUGAUCAAUUGUUUCACCCCCAGAAAUGCCAAAGUCAAAAUAUUUUAAAGUCUGGAAAAAUAAGUACUGUAAACUGCUGCUUAUAAGCCUUGGGCUUAUACAUCUUUGUAAGGGGUUUUAAGAGGGCUUAUAAAUAGAGAGGCUUAUUUCCGAGGGACUCAUAACCUGAGUAGAAAAAGCACUUUGAAACAAGCUACAGCUUUGCUGAUAAAAAUACAUUGUACAUUUACUGGUCUUUAAUUAAGCUUAGAAAUGUCAUGAUAUAUCAAAUUCAUUUCAAUCUAAGCAAGAUACGGGCUUGCAUCCAGGUUGGGUGGGGAGAGAUUUCAUUUGAAUGGUCACACCUCAGGAAUUGAUUCAUAGACUCAAACGUUAUAACUACAUACUAAAUAUCAUGGUAAUGUGGGGAAGCUUUCCUCAAGACUUUUAGUGUUUUCAUUUCAAUGGUCAUACCACACUAAUUGAUCCACAGACUUAAAAGUUAGAAUUACCUAAUAAAGAACUGAAAUAAAGCCAAUGUUGGGCUUCACAUUUUAUAAAUUGACCAAAAAAAAUAUUUAAGAAUUAUUUCAAGACUUUUUUUGAAAAUUAGUUAACAACAUUGAAAGGAAGGAAGGGAGGUACCAGGGUUAUGCAACCCACAUUAGGUGCCCUGGAUUAUGGUUUCAAAAUUUUAUUUUAAGAAAAAAUAUAUAUCAGACCAAGCAUAUUAAUAGCCCCUAUGCAUGAUUACGUCAGACGAGUAAAUUUCACCAACAAGCCUCGUUUGUGAACAAAAUUUUUUGCAUUUGCACUUUUUGUGCGUGGGUAUUCUUUUCAACUCUACUGCCUUGGGAAUUCAUUUCUGUGAAACUUCGCUUAUUUUUAAUUUCAAAACGAGGCUUGGUGGUGAAAUUUGCUUGUGUGACGUAAACAUGCAUAAGGGCUAUUGAAAUUUCCUUUGUAAGACACUUAUUCUAAUUAUUAAAAAAUAAGGUAAUGUUCUUUGAGUAGUAAUGAGCUUAAUAAUCUUGACUGAUUUAUUCAACAGGAAAACUAGCGCCUGACAAAGAGGCCAUAUUACGCAUAGAAAGCAACGAGUUUGUUCCUCAGUCAUUCAGUUCGUCUUCUACCUCUAGGGGACAGCAGGUGAUGAUAUCAAAAUUGUGCUUCUAAAAUAUUGAAAUGUGGCCUCUGUGACGAUCGGGGAUGGUGGUGGUGGUGGGGUGCGGGACAGGGGGGUGGGGGUGCUUCUCUAUUGUACUUAUAUCUGCAAAUACAGUGGAUCCCCAUCAAUAUAGUCACCUAUGGGCCAAAAAAACUUGGCCAUAUUAACAGGGUGGCCAUGUUAAAGGGUUUUUUACAUGAAAAUGCAUGGCGGUUUUUGUGAGGCGCCCAAAAAAAGUGGCCGUAAUAACGAGGUGGCCGUAUUACCAAGGUGGUGGAAAGGUGGGGUUUCACUGUAGGUAUUCAUGAUCCCAAAAGGUGUGGUCUUUACCCCCUUUAGUCUAAAAUUGGGUUCAGAUUUUAGACCUUUGAAUAUGAAUUAGUAUGGAUUAUUAGUGUAAGGUUUUGUGUUCUCUGAAACCAGGGUGUAGAAUUAGGUUUAUUUUACAGGUCUGAAAUAACUAAGGGUCAGCUGAAGGGUUUCAGAAAGAAUUUUCUGCUAUCAAUAUCAAUACAUCAUCAGCAUAUAUUGUUAACUUGGUUCAUUCAUUGUCUUCCCAACCAGUCCUGUAAGACAUGUUAUCAUACUCCUUAUCUGUCUAUUCAUUGGCCAAGAGCCUACAGUUAACUUUGAAAAUCAGUGCAACCUACAGAUUAGUUAGUUAUCUGCUAGCAGACUAGUGACUAAUCUGUAGGUUGUGCACUCAAUUCGGGAUUUCCAAAAAAUGUCAAACUGUGUUCCAUGUGAUGCUGUGUUUGUCCUUAUUUUCUUUAAAAUAAUGUAUAAUCAUACAAUUUAGUAUAAAAUUCGGUUUUUGUGAUAUCCGCAAUGGUCAAGGUCUCGGUAAGUGUUAUCAGCCUUGGCCUUUGGCUUGGCUGAUAAUUCUCUCCUCAACCUUGAUUAUUCGGGAUAUCACAAAAACCUCAUCCAAUAAUAAUUAAUGUUUAUGACAUCUGCGAGGCAUCUCAAACUUCUCAAAGUAAAAAAUCGUGUUUUUGAAAAUUUGUGUGUGGUAGAGUGGUGCUAUUAACAUAGAUGGAAGUCAUGAAGAGGCCAUGUUUGGAGUUGGUGGAUCAAUACCUGACACUGCUGGUCAAACUACAGCGCCUGAAGUGAAGAUAACAUCACAGCCAGUUAUAUCACAGUCAGUAGACAAGGAGGGACUGUUUGCCUCAUGGGUAAGUCUAGUGUAUAUACUGUAAAAUGCUUGCCAUAGUGUAGCUGGCGGUCUUGUCAGGAAGGGGAGAUGGUGAGAAACCAUUUAUUUGCACCCUUACCUGACAAGACCACCAGCUACGAAGGCUACUCAAAAUAGCAACUGGUGGCUUGGUUUAUUUUUUAACUGAGAAGGGGUCGCUGAUUCAAAGAGGGUCACUUACUCGUUCCUCCGAACUUCAUCCUCAAGAUGACAUUGUAUUUGUUUCAAAUGAUCGGAACCUAAAACAUUAAAACUAGAAAACUUGAAGGUUUUCUUUACCAUUUAUGUAUAUGAGAGUACAGUCAAACUCCUAAGUGUGACCAUUUAAAUGAAAGCUGCUGAGCAGUAUUUUCCUGUGGUACUGUUUAUUAAGCUGCAUAAGGGUGUUGUAAUUUAAUCUGACAUGUGUUUGAAAUCUUUAUUUGUGACCAUUCAAAUGAAAGCUACUGAGCAGUUUUACCAUGUGCGUUUAAUUUUGUUUAUCACGAGAAGAUGUUGAAAAAGUUUUCAAUUAUUCUCUUUGUUUAUAUCAUUUCAGCUUCAUGAAGAUGAAGAAACUAAGACAGCUCGCUGGAUAACCAAGUUAAAAAAGAUGCGACAGGAACUCUUGGCAGCCUCAUGACUGAUAUUGUGUAUACUGUAAACAGUUCACUUAUUUAUAUUAUACCUAAAAAGUAACACUAUUUUCU